AUGCACACGAACCUCGACCUAUCUGCCAGCCAGUUAGGUGGUCAGACAGUCCAUUACGGCAAACACCUAAGACGGAAAACGGAGACUGCUCGCCUGAUGCCGUUUCUCCAACGAGAUACACUGCAAAAAGAACAUAGCGUACUGGAGAAACGCAAGAGCCGCGCAGAAGCGCUGCUAGCCGCAGAGCACAGUCAAAGCACCAAAAUAGACAGACCUCCUUCUCACAAUCUCAACCCCGUCACAAGAUACGAAGAGAUCUGUGCCGAUUCAUGGAAUCGGAAUAAUAUUGUUGAAGCUCGUGUCCCCGUCCAGAAGGCAGAUAUCAACAUAAAUGCCAGUGAUAAUGCCAAAACAGAGGUUUACAAGACCGUGUUGGACGACAAGCAUGGCACGCGCGACCUAGAACUCUGCUGCGACUGCGGGACAACGUUCAAGGUCACCGGUGACAACUUGAACCGUAUCAAAGUGAAGUCUGUCACCAACAAGUCAGUGAGAGUAAAGCCAAAAGAUACAACACCAGGAAGGGGUGACGAUGUGUCCUUGAACCAUAUAGCGCGAAUGAGAGCGGGGAGCAGAAGGAAUGACACAGAUACCGAUGUUGAUGGGACAGUGGACUUGGUUAUCCGUAUUGUGCUGAGCUUGAUCUUUGUGGUUUGUUGUUGCAUUGGUCCAAACACGUUCUGGUAUUGGAUUGGUCUGGUUAAUUUUGGGGUUUGGGUCUGUGCUGUAUUACUACCGUAA